GCAAUUAGUUCUAGUGUGAAAAAUUGAAAUAUAUAUCUUUAUCAAAGGCUGAUUUAAUUUGUUUGAUUGUGUUGGCACAUGGCAGCUUAUAUACUGAUAUUGAUAAGAAUCUCAGAAAAAAUAUGAAAAAAAAAUACUAUGGUACGAGUUGACUUGGGUACUGGUACUAAAAGACUAAGGUACGAGUUGACUGAGGUACAAGUUGACCAGUUUCCAACUGUUGCUAUAUCAGCAGCAAAAAGUUAAUUAAGUAACUUGUGUAACUAUGCAAUAAAAUAACAUUAAGAUAUUGCUCCCCUUUAUCACAAGGAAUACAUCCUAAUUGUGCAUGCUUUACUGUUUAAUUUAUCACAAUUUUUGUUAUUAUGCAUUUUAAUUUAUGACUCAGAUCUGUGACAUGUGCAUUCAGAUAAAUGUGCAUGAAUUCAAAAUCAUGCUUGUGAAACUAUAGAAGUUGAACACACACAGUUAUGAUCUAUUUCUUAAAUAAAUAUUUUAAACAGAUGAGUCAACAAAGAGCUUUAGAGCUUUUAAGACAGGCAGCUGCUGCCCUGGAGUCAACUCAUACAUCAACCAGUGAUGAUGCUUCAAGCCAAUCAAGGACAAGGACAUUGGCAGCAGUAAGGGACAUUUUUUCUCCAUAUCCAACCCACAGUUCGAGAAGGCGUUCAAGUGGUGCUCCAGCUCGUACACCGUCACGUGCAUUCUGGACCCACAGAUUCUGUGUCCUUGGAAGAACAACUGACACUAUGGCUCCUACCAGAGAACAAAAAGAUAGACUGUACAAGGCAAAUUUGGGGGAAAAGAAGAUAUCUUUUGAAAAAAAUGAUGAUGCAGGCUACUUUAAAUGUCGCAUUGAGGAGCAUUAUCCCAAAUUGGAUGGCAUUGGUGGUUUUGAACUACUUAGAACACAGGCCAGAAGUAGAUGCGACUUAGAAGUGAUCAUUGUGCCACCAGGUGGCUAUACUGUUAACUUUCUGUCAAAUUUCAGUAACCUUGGACAGGCAGUGUGUUACAUAAGGCCGAUCCAGAAUGAUCUUUCACUUGUGGAUCAAGAAUUCUCAGACAAAGAUUUAGAUCUACAAUCCUGCACACUGCCACCAACAAGAAAAGAGCUUAUUCAGACUCCAGUGUGUCAAUAUGCUUGUAAUGCUAGCAAAAGUGCUGACUGUCCAGUGUCUCAAGAUCCACCAGCUUUUGAGACCUGUCCAGUUUGCUACAUUGACUUACCAGUAUGUCAGAUUCAAGAACAUGCGGAUACAUGCUGUUCAAAGCAAGAAAGUGAUCCAGGAGUGGUUCCAUCUGUUGAGAACAAAUCGUACGAGGAAGCUCUACACAAUGUGUAUGAAGCCUUUUCAGAACAAUGGGAGCUGUCCAUUGUAAGGAGGCACUUCCUGCUGACAGCAAUGGAGCAAAUCGAAGAUGCAACAAAAGACGACUGGGUAAAAAAAGUGAAAGUUCGUUUUAUUGGGGAGGAAGGUAUAGAUGAGGGUGGACUCACUCGAGAGUUUUUUACUUUGCUUUUCAAGCACACACCAAUUUUUGACAGUGACAUGAUUCAUGUUUCAGCUGAUCUUCUUAGCAAAGAUGUGUACCUCAAAAUGGGAAAAAUGACUGGUAUGGCACUUCUAACUGGACAUCCUGGGCCAAGAUGCUUCACUCCCCAUCUUGUAGAUUACAUCAUCUGUGAGAAGACUCCAAACAUAAUAUCACUUCCUGAGGAACUGAUCAAGGCUGAUGUAAAGCAUGCCAUACAACAGAUAGGAAACAUUUCUGAGGGAGAUGAGGAUGCAGUCAACUUGCAGUUUUCUGAUCUUCUUGACGCCAUAUCAUUUCAGCGACGUAUAACUGUGCAAAAUAAGACUGAAGUGAUUAAUGCACUUAAAAGGCACCAUCUUUUUUAUAGAUGUCUUCCUGGCCUUCUUCAAUACAUGGAAGGACUGAAGAACAAUGGGGUUCUUGACAUUUUAAGAAGAUUCCCAGAUGCUAAAGAAUGUUUCUUAAAAACAGAAUUGUCAUCGUCUGAGAUCAUGGACCUGUUUGUUCCAUCUUUUUCAACAGAUGACAUACAGAAAUCUGACGAAGAAAUAGUGGUGUACAACUUUCAUCAGUUCCUGAAAAAUGUUGAGAGGGGUCGUGUUGUGACAAACUAUUUUGAUCUGGAUGAAGAAGUGGAACAUUCUUUAACAGUCAAACUAAGUGAUGUACUGCAAAGUCUUAUAGGCUGCAAGCAUGUGGCACCAAACAUGAAAGGCUCUAUUACAUUUGACCACAGCAGCAAAUCUUUAUCAACAGUCAAUACUUGUUCUCCAUCGAUCAACUUUUCAAACAUCAAGGAUAUUAUAACUUACAGACAUUUUGAACAACUGUUUAUAUCUGUUGUGUUUGGAACAUAUGGUUUUGGUAUGGUUUAAAUAUAUCUAGAAAACAGGCAAAUAGACAAAGGAUUUUAACAAUUAU